AUUCUCUUUCCCUUUCACACCCAAUUUCAAAAUCUCUCUCUCUCUUUCACUCACUCAAUCAGAUGCCGUUUAUAUCGGAAACUGCAAGUGCGAUUAAGCGCCGGUUCGGAUUCAACGAGCGUGCCGUCACGUCGGAGUCCGUACGCGCUGUGCCGUGCACGACGCCGGAUCCAAGCGCGUUUUCGAGGGAGAACCACACUCAUCACCAGUCUAUGGUUAGAAGAAUGCCCGAUUUGGACGAAGAUGCAGAGGUUUUCUCUGGAUCUGCACAAAUAUCGCGGUCUCACAGCUUCGAAUUCAAUGAAGAUCCGGCCUUCUGGAAAGAUCACAAUGUGCAGGUUAUCAUAAGAACCCGUCCACUUAGCAGCUCAGAGAUCUCUACACAAGGGAACAACAAAUGUGUUAGGCAAGACAACGGCCAGGCAAUCACUUGGAUUGGGAAUCCAGAGGCUCGUUUCACAUUUGAUCUUGUCGCUGACGAGAAUGUUACGCAGGAGAAGAUGUUUAAAGUUGCUGGAGUACCUAUGGUGGAGAACGUUGUGGCUGGCUACAACAGCUGCAUGUUUGCUUAUGGCCAGACGGGAAGUGGCAAAACUCACACUAUGCUUGGAGAUAUUGAGGGAGGCACACGUAGACAUAGUGUCAACUGCGGGAUGACACCUAGAGUUUUUGAGUAUUUGUUCUCCAGGAUCCAAAAGGAAAAAGAGGUCCGCAAAGAAGAGAAGCUACAUUUUACUUGUAGAUGCUCAUUUCUUGAGAUUUACAACGAGCAAAUUCUUGAUUUGCUAGAUCCAUCUUCUAAUAAUUUACUGCUAAGGGAAGACCACAAGAAGGGUAUUCAUGUUGAAAAUCUAAAGGAGAUUGAAGUUUCAAGUGCCAGAGAUGUGAUUCAACAACUAAUGGAGGGUGCUGCAAACAGGAAAGUAGCUGCAACGAAUAUGAAUCGUGCAAGUAGUCGAUCUCACAGUGUAUUUACAUGCAUCAUUGAAAGCAAGUGGGUAUCUCAAGGUGUUACUCAUCAUCGGUUUGCACGGCUUAAUCUUGUUGAUUUAGCUGGAUCUGAAAGGCAAAAGAGUUCAGGAGCUGAAGGUGAACGGCUCAAAGAAGCAACCAACAUUAAUAAGUCUCUUUCAACACUGGGGCUUGUGAUCAUGAAUCUUGUUAGUGUGUCCAAUGGAAAAUCAGUGCAUGUUCCCUACAGAGAUUCAAAGCUUACAUUUCUGCUCCAAGAGUCUCUUGGAGGGAAUUCAAAGACGAUAAUAAUUGCUAACAUAAGCCCAUCCAGCAGUUGCUCGUUGGAGACCCUAAGUACAUUGAAGUUUGCCCAGCGUGCAAAACUUAUUAAGAACAAUGCAAUUGUCAACGAAGAUGCGUCUGGAGAUGUUUUUGCAAUGCGGCUACAAAUCCAACAGCUUAAGAAAGAAGUAUCCCGCUUAAGAGGAAUCGUUAACAACGCUGGAGUUGACAAUCAGGACACUGACACUGUAUUAAUGAGUUGCCCUGCUUCUCCAAUGUCUCUCAAGUGGGAUGGUUUCAAUGGAUCAUUCACUCCUCUGGCAACUAACAAAAGGACGGCUAAGCCAAAAGACUACGAAGUUGCACUAGUUGGUGCUCUUAGGAGAGAGAGGGAAAAGGACGCUGCAUUACAGGCUUUGGCUGCUGAAAAUGAGGCCUCAAUGAAGUUGGAAAAGAAAAGAGAGGAUGAAAUACGCGGGCUGAAAAUGAUGUUAAAGCUCCGAGAUUCAGCAAUCAAGAGUUUACAAGGGGUAGCUUCAGGAAAGAUCUCUGUUGAAGCACAUCUGCAAAAGGAAAAGGCUGACCUUCUGAAGGAAAUUGAAAUGCUACGUGCUCAGGUCGAUAGAAACCAGGAAGUUACCAAAUUUGCGACGGAGAAUUUGCGGUUGAAAGAAGAGAUUCGAAGAUUGAAAUCACAAUGUGAGGAAGGUGAACAGGAUAUCCUGAAUCAACAGAUUCAAGUGUUACAAGCUAAGCUGCUAGAAGCUCUUGAUUGGAAACUCAUGCACGAAUCAGAUUACUCCACGGUGAAAGAAGAUGGUAACAUCAGCAACAUGUUCUGCUCGAACCAGAAUCAGGAGUCAAAGAAACUCUCAUCUAUCCAAGAUGAGAAUGAAUUUCUCCGGAUGCAGGCUAUUCAAAAUCGAGCAGAAAUGGAAUCUCUUCAGAAAUCAUUAAGUUUUUCCAUCGACGAGAAAGAGAGAUUGGAAAAGCUUGUGGAAACUUUCGCUAAGCAGCUUGAGGGAAUAAGAUCCUCCACAGGCAGGGUUGGCGAUGGUGAUCAGAUCGAGGUUGAAACAAUGGUUCAAGCCAUUGCAUGUGCUAGUCAAAGAGAAGCUGUAGCUCACGAGACAGCAGUCAAUUUGUCGAAAGAAAAUGACGAACUGUGCCAGAAGGUUAAGGUCUUGAUUGAGGACAACAACAAACUUAUAGAGCUGUAUGAACAAGUAGCCGCAGAAAAUAGCUCCAGAGCCUUGGUGAAUACCGAGACAGAUUCACCAAGUAAUAAUGCUGAAGCUCAGAACAGUUCUGAUAUUGAUCUGGAGGUUGAGAAAAGUGCAGCAGAGGAACAGAAGAAAAUGAUUGGAAAUCUGGAGAAUCAGCUUAGCGAGAUGCACGAGGAGAAUGAGAAGCUUAUGAGUCUGUAUGAAAAUGCAAUGAAGGAAAAAGAUGCUGAAGCUCAGAACAGUUCUGAUAUUGAUCUGGAGGUUGAGAAAAGUGCAGCAGAGGAACAGAAGAAAAUGAUUGGAAAUCUGGAGAAUCAGCUUAGCGAGAUGCACGAGGAGAAUGAGAAGCUUAUGAGUCUGUAUGAAAAUGCAAUGAAGGAAAAAGAUGAAUUCAAAAGACUGCUCUCUGCUCCUGUCCAAGAGAAGCUUAUUGACACAGAAAUGGAGCUCUGUGACAUCACUUCUGAAAGGUUCAUAGGAGAUUUAAACUCUGCGAGGCUGAAACUCGAAUUAGCGCAGGAGAAACUUUCAGCCUCUGCCAAAACUAUUGGAGUGUUCUCUUCGCUUGAAGAGAUUAUUUUGGAGAUCAUCAAGCUGUCAAAGCAAAGCAAAGAGGCGGAAAACAAAGUUAAGGAGCUAGGGAUAACUGAAGCUGUCUCUUAUCAAACAAACGCGAGAAAAGAAGCUGCAGAGAGAAAGCUGGCUGCUCUCAGAUACUCGCUAUCAAACUUUGUAUCAUCUUCAGCGUACUUUCAACAGCAAGAAGAACGGGCAAGGGCGCGUGUGAAGGCAUCUUCAGAUCAUCUAAACCAGAAAAAUGAAGAGCUCAGAGUUCUCCAAUCUUACAAAAGAGAAAUCGACGCGUCUAUGGGUAAGAUGCAACAAUCUGAAGCAGAGCUAAAGAGUAACAUUGUAAUGCUGAAGAUAAAAGUGGAUGAAGAGAACAGGAGACACGAGGAAGAGAAGGUCCUCUGUGCGAUUGAUAACAUUGAGAAGAUCAACUCUCCUCAGAGAAACACUCUGCUUUCAGGGAAAGCCACAGAUUUGCUGAAAUCCGAGGAAGAAAAAAUAAAGCUCCAAUCAGAGAUGAAGCUUUCUCGGGAGAAGCUGGCUUCGGUGAGAAAAGAAAUUGAGGAUAUGAACAGAAAGUCUAUGAAGCUGGAGAAAGAGAUCAAAACCGUAGAGAAAGAGAUAGAGAAGAGAUCAAAGACGAGAUCCGAAUCAGAGAGGAAACUGGAACAUACGAUCCAGGAGAAGCAGUCUCUUGAAGAGAUGGAAGAAGUAGGGAUGUGUGAAAUACAAAACAUGAUAAUGGAGAUUCACCAGCUUGUCUUUGAGUCAGAUAUGAGAAAAGAAGAGGUGAUGGUGGUAAGAGAAGAAGUAGAUGCAGAGGAGCAUAGAGCGAAAGAGGCCCUCAAGGAUACGAUGGAGAAAGUCGAAAAUGCAUUGGAGACUCUAGCGAAGGAGAAGAGCGGUUUAUUAUCAGGCAAGGUUGAAGAAGAAGUAAGCAAUGUUUUGUGUUUGGUUCACGAGGCGGCGAAGUUGCUUGAAGAUUCUCAUUGA